CACGAUGACGCCUUGCAUGAAUCUGAGGCUUUUAAUGUUGCUCGCAGCUGCUUGCCGGUGGUCACUUCCUCUACCAUGUCUUCAGGGAUCGGGCGACAGAUCUUCAAGAGGACGUUCACGUCAAGACCAGUGGAUGGCUUUACGGGAGCAGUCGGGAACACGCCCCUUAUUUAUUUGAAGACGUUGUCCGAAAAGACGGGGUGUCGAAUAUUGGGCAAGGCGGAGUUCCAGAACCCAGGCGGUAGCGUCAAGGACCGAGCUGCGCUAGGCAUUGUCUUGGACGCGGAGAAGAGGGGACGGAUAAAACCAGGAGGAACCGUUGUUGAAGGUACCGCCGGGAAUACUGGUAUUGGGCUCGCGCAUGUGUGCCGAGCACGGGGGUACAAGUGCGUGAUCUUCAUGCCAAACACCCAGAGCCAAGAGAAGAUCGACCUCCUACGCAUGCUCGGCGCGGAGGUGUACCCCGUUCCGGCAGUCGCGUACGAGAACCCGAAGAACUACAACCACCAGGCGCGCGACUUUGCACGGGAGCUUGACAACGCGAUCUGGACGGACCAGUUCGACAACACCGCGAAUGCGGAAGCGCACUACAGAACCACCGGGCCCGAGAUCUGGGAGCAGACCGAGGGCAAGUUAGACGGGUUCGUAUGCGCAACGGGGACGGGUGGCACGCUUGCGGGGACUGGACGCUACCUGUUGGAGAAGAGCGCCGGGAAGACGCAGGUGUGGCUGGCGGACCCGCCGGGGAGCGUGCUGCAUAGCUAUAUUACCUCUGGGGGGAAGCUGAAGGAACGGACGGGCAGUUCAAUCACAGAAGGCAUUGGUCAGGGUCGUAUCACGAAUAACUUGGGCACCUUUGUCAAUGAUGUCUCUGGCGCGCUGCAUAUCCCGGAUGAGAAGUCCAUUGCUAUGGUGUAUGAGAUGCUGGACACAGAGGGAUUGUACCUUGGUGCCAGUUCGGCGCUGAAUGUGGUCGCCGCCGUCGAGCUGGCUCAGAAGCUGGGAAAAGGUUCCACCGUGGCUACCAUUCUCUGCGAUGGCGCGUACCGGUACCAGAGUCGGCUGUUCUCCAAAAAAUGGCUGCAGGCGAAGGGACUUGAGGAUGCUAUCCCGGGACACUUGAAGAAGUAUGCUGUUUUAGACUAGGCCUCGGAAGCCAACUCUGUCAAAGCUUUCGGCUUGCUAUUGAUCCUUGUGGAUGACAAAGCUAAUACGACAGCGAUACAACAUCACCUGAAGACACAGCUGCCAAGCCGCGCCCCGGGUGAUAGGACUGUUUCUAUUGAUGUCCCUGUAACCGAUAAUACCGCUUGACCCUAGACGAGGAAGAUUAUAUAAUUCUACUGUAUGCCCUACAUUUGUCGGGG